CAUUAACCGUAUUAUUGAACUCCGAUACGCACAGUAUAUAAUGUACUUACUCGCGUGUCGCGCUAAACCCGUUUAAAUAACUGUUAUUUUUUCACAGGUAUGGUGCAGAAAAACUUUUGGACCAAGAUUGGAGGCGCCUGUUGCAUAGUAGUCGCAUGCAUCACAGCCCUGGUAAAACUCGUGUUGAAGUACGUCGUCGGUACUUAUUCGAAUGUCGAAUAUCCGUCUGAGGCUCAACAAAAAAUAUAUAAAACAAUUGCAGAUAUUCCAGGACCAAGGUCGUUGCCUGUAUUUGGAACCAGGUGGAUCUAUUGGAAAUUUUGUUUGUAUAAACUGAAUGCCGUUCACUUAGCAUACGAAGACAUGUUUAACCGGUAUGGCGAUAUUAUUCGCGAAGAAGCACUAUGGAACAUACCAGUUAUAAGUGUCAAAAACAGAGAUUUCAUCGAAAGAGUACUUAGACAAAGUGGAAAGUACCCUAUCCGACCUCCAAAUGAAGUAACAGCUAACUACAGAAAGUCCCGCCCGGAUCGCUACACAAAUACAGGACUUGUUAACGAACAAGGUGAAGUUUGGGCGAUGCUACGAAAUAAAUUGACGCCAGAACUUACAAGUCCUAGGACAAUUCGACGGUUUUUGCCAGAAGUUAACCAGCUCGCAGACGAUUUUAAUAAUCUGAUUUCCCUAGCGAGAGAUGGCAAUAACGUGGUCAAAGAAUUCGAAGCGUAUUGUAACAGAAUGGGAUUGGAAAGUACGUGUACGUUAAUUUUGGGCAGGAGGUUCGGAUUUUUGGACGGAGAGAUUAGCGAGACGGCUACGCGCCUGGCAGACUCUGUGACCAGUCAGUUCAGAGCGUCACAGGAAGCGUUUUAUGGGCUUCCACUCUGGAAGUUAAUACCAACCAAGGCGUACAAGGACUUCGUAGCGAGCGAGGACGCCCUAUACAACAUCGUGUCCGAAAUCGUUGAUUCAGCGUUGAUCGACGAGCAACAGUCUUGCACGGACGUACGCAGCGUGUUCGUGUCUAUACUACAGACGUCAGAGUUGGACAACAGAGACAAGAAAGCCGCCAUUAUCGAUUACAUCGCCGCCGGAAUAAAAACAUUGGGAAACACCCUGGUGUUUUUAUUGUACUUGGUCGCCAAACAUCCGGAAGUACAGGAAAAAAUAUAUAACGAGAUAUCACGGUUGGCUCCGGCGGGUACAUCUGUUACCGCUGAACAUUUACACAAGGCCACAUAUUUGAGAGCGUGUAUAACCGAAGCCCACAGGCUUAAACCCACUGCUCCGUGUAUUGCAAGAGUGUUGGAAUCGGAAAUAGAAUACGAUAAUUACCGAUUGCCGCCAGGGAGCGUCGUGUUGCUGCACACGGGGUUGGCGUGUUUGGACGAAAACAACUUCAAAGACGCGACCUCAUACAGACCGGAACGGUGGCUAGACGAGUUGACGAAAAAAUCACCAUUUUUGGUCGCACCGUUCGGUUGUGGCAAACGAAUGUGUCCGGGGAAGCGAUUCGUAGAUCUAGAACUCCAAAUUGUCUUAGCAAAGAUGGUCAAGCAAUUUGAAAUCGACUUUGAGGGACAACUGAAAACUGAAUUUGAAUUUCUUUUGACACCCGUUGACUCGAAUUUUAUACUACGAGAUAGAAUUUGUUAACGUUAUUAAAUUAAAACCAAUUUAAUUUAAUACUGUACCUAUUUAAGUAUAUUAAAUAAUAAAUAAUAUUAUAUCAUUAUAUUAUUUAUUUUAUCGUACCACGACAAAGUUAGAAAUAUCACAUUAUACCUAUACCUUUAUUUUUUUUAAUUAUGAUGUAGUAUAUACAAUAUACAUUUAUGUAUAUCAUGUAUAUAAUUAUAUAUUUAUAUAUAUAAUUAAUAUAACCUGUACAUUUCUGCGCACGUGUGUGUUUUAUAAUAAAUUAUUCUAACAAAAAUACAUAGGUACCUAUUCAUAUAAUUAAAGUUCAUCAAUUCGUUUAUUUCCACCUUAAAAUUCAGCCAAGUGAUGUUUCUUUUUGUAAUAAUCUUGUGUUAGUUGUAUCUACUUGUUAUUAUACUCAAAGCCCAUUCAUAAUGUACCUACAUACAUGUUUCAUUGCAUAAUUUCAAAUUUAUAUUAUAUUGCCAAAAUCAUAUCGUUGUUAUUUAUAAAUAUAAUUAUCCAGCCAACAAUAUUUAAUGCUUGGUUAAAUAAUAAAUUAUUAAAUUGUCAUAAAA